AUGACGUACGCCGACGAUGACUCGUCGGCUUUCAUCAGCACCUACCAAAGCAACACUUAUAGCUCCUCGCUCGAAUCCUUGACCUCCACAUCGUCCGGCUCAGUUUGGUCUGCUGUAUCUUCUCAGUCAUCUACCUCGACAUCCCCUACCAACACCUCCGAUUCCGAUUCCGCCGACGUAUAUUGCUUGUCGCGACCCUCGGCUGCGUGUGACACUGCUGUCAGAUUCACGAGUCCUUGGGCCCGUCAACCCAGCCAGCAGGCUGCCGCUACCAUCCCCCAGGAGUUGCGACAAAAUCCUAGACGGACCAGUGGGAGUGCCACCCGCUCUGGAGCCCCUCCCACCCUGGUUCGCCAGGCCGAGCGCAAGGUCAACUUUGUCGACAACCUUGUCGAUUCGUCGACCCAAAUUGUCGAGGCAAUCUGGCCCCUUUCCUCUGUCGUGUGUCGCAAUGAGCUUGGUAACAAGGCAGUGCUGCCACUGCGGACCUUUAUCCAGGAGACCUUGCGCCGCUCCCGCACUAGCUACUCCACUCUCCAGGUUGCGCUGUACUAUCUGAUCCUGAUCAAGCCCCACGUUCCGAAGCACGAUUUCACCAUGGAACAGCCCGACGACAAACAGGAGUGCCGCGCGCUUCAGUGCGGCCGUCGCAUGUUCCUUGCUGCUCUCAUCCUCGCCUCCAAGUAUCUGCAAGAUCGAAACUACUCCGCCAGAGCUUGGAGUAAGAUUUCAGGGCUCAACACGGGGGAAAUCAACCAGAAUGAGAUUGCAUUCUUGCUGGCGGUCAACUGGAAGCUCCACAUCACCGACGAGGUAUUCCAGCGCUGGACAGAAAUCGUCUUGAAGUACACCCCUCCGUCUCCCCCCGCCCCCGGAACUUCAGCCCAAUGGUACGCCCAACAGAGCUCGAACUGGAAAAUGGUCAUUCUCAAGCUUAAUCCUGAGCUGGACAAUAUCGAAGGCCUGAUCCCUAUGGUACACAUCGCUCCCAGCUCUCGCACCUUGUCACGUCACCGUACCAUGCUUCCGGCGGCGCAAGAUGUUAUGGCUGCGACAGGUGCUUGUGGAUUGGGCUACGACUCGACAGAACUUACCCCCACCCCGCGAUCCUGCCAAACCCCGAAUAUUAUGGAGCCCGUUCCGGCCACUGUAUAUACCCCGGGCCGGCUGGCUCCCGCGCUUGGGCUACUUCCCACCCCGCGUCUGACACCCCAGUCGAGCGGAUACAGCACUCCUGCCGUGAGUGCUGCGUCUUAUCUCAGCAAGGGCAGCUCAAUGGGCCUCGCCAUGGCCCAGGCCUCCUGCGUAAGCGCAACCCAUUGUCUUGAUCGCUGGCCUGUUGCAAACACCUCGUCGCCUCAAGGUUACUUCCCCGUUCGCCGAUCUUCUCUUGCAACCACAAUCUCGACUGCGUCUUCUCCCGAAUCGAUGGUUUCUGAUACCUCGCGCACCUCUCGCUCCUCCUCCAUUUCAUCUGCCUCCUCACUGGUCAACGCGCCGGCCCCUCUGGGUGUCCAGGCGCGAUUCCGGUCUGCGAAGCUGUGCAGUGAGAGGUCAAGCUUGAGACCGACUAUCGCCUCGGUUCCUGAAGACUACGAAGAGAAUUGCAUCACGUCUUCGCCUGAGUCUUACACUGGCCCGGUCGGCAGGCUCUGCGAAAUGUCGUUGGAUACUCCCUUGGCUCAGAGAGAACGUGAAUUGGAUGAGAUGACUCACGACCCCGCGAACGACGCUGCUCGCGCACUUCAGGAGCUUCAAAACUACCGUUCAGACGAUUCUAGUUCUAUUGCCAUGUCUUCGCGUAAGCGUGCUCGAGGUGUUUCGAUUGUCGACAACUGUCUCCAGGAGAACGUUCGGGACAUGCUUUCGGGUAAUUACUCCGGUAAGCAGUGGACUCAAACUCUGGUUCGCACCAGAAAUAGCCAGAUGGGCACAAACGACCGAGGUUCCCCUCGUAAGCGCGUCUGCUGCGCCAGCGAAGCUGGUCCGGGGUACGAAGCCUCAAUGCUUCAUUCAAUGGACGGAUACCGCGGACCGGGUAUGUGGGAGGGGAUUCUCAACUGA